CAAGUUCCAAAGGGAAAGCACCUCGACGUCUGACUUGACUGCUCAUACCACUGACCGGCUGUCAAUGAUGCAAGCAGCCGAAGCAAGCCUCGAAGAUGGCGAGUAGAUGGUACCUUCGCCCGUCUGCCAGCAGCGAGGCGAAUACUGUACUCCCCUACCACCCAUCGGCGCCCUUCGCCUUGGAGGAGGCCUUCCCGGCAGGCACCUCGCUGCCUCCAGCUCCACCUCCUGUACCUCGGAUCAUCGCUGCAAGGAAUGACGAUGCAAUUAGGGUGCUUGCGCAUGAGGUCAGAGGAGACUUUCAAGAGGAUGGAGAGCUCAUGCGGAGGAUCAGAGCGAGACAGCAGGCAUGGUCGGAUUACGAUGCUGCUGAAGGCGGGGGCUCAGAUGCGGGAGACGGAUACCAGAAGCUGACGAAGAUGGACCGGAUGAUGCCCAAGGCAUUCCAAUUCCAACGAGACCAGGCUCGCAUGCAUCGCCUCUGGAGCGAUGCUCAUCCCAGCUCAGAGUCAGCAAUUGCUCGUCCAGUGCCAUGUCACCUCCUGCAAACGCCUCACCCAACAUGUCCGGGCUCUUCCUCAGCAAACAAAUCCACGACAUCUCCAUCCCCUGCUGCGUCCCGAAUGGCUCAGCCGCCCCUCAUUCUGACAAUCUCGGUCUACUCCCGCCAUGUCCUUCGCUCAACACGGCAGAGUCGAGCUCGCGCAGCAGCCGAGAAGCGCUACGACGAGUUCCAGCAAGAGCAAAAUAGCAAGUUCAAUAAUCUACAUCACGCAUCCAGUACCCCUGGCGACCUGUCCGAAAGUGAAAUGAGACCCGAGACUAUGGAAAAGAACCUCUUCUUGCCAAAGUUCGGGACCUUCAGAGAUGAGAAGCAGGCGGACCCACGGCCGUCUCAGCGUCUCGAGAUGCACUCGGAUCAGACGUUACUGGAUCUGUGUGAGGGUAUCAUAUGCCGUAUGGAUGACCUGCCCGAGAGGGACGAAGAUAUCGAGACAAAUCUCACCCAGGCUGAUGCAGACGCCGCUAAGCCGAGAGGCAUCGAUGCUAAAGAUCGCACAAGAUACACGGGCAAGAAGAGAGUGGCUGAGAAGGUUGUGCUCGUAGAAUCAUACUUAGCCGGUCGGCCAGACAGCUCGUUGCUGGAGCACGUCCAUCAGCAGCUCACCUCGCAGUCGGACACAGACGAGCAAAUGGAAAAAGUUGGCCUAGCCUCGGUCACGAUGGGCGACCUGUUCGGCAAACUUUGCCUGCACAAGCCAUACUGGUACUGCCACCAAGGCAUCUGCGAGCACUUUUUCACAAUCGACGAGAUCCGGCUGCCUGACCCCAAAUCAGACCCUCCGCCAAUCUCGCCUGCGCAAGAACAAUCUGAAGCUCCAUUUGCAGCACAAGAGCAGGUGUACCGUCACCCAAUGACCACAUACCUCAUGGCGGCCCAACUCAGUCGUCCCACGGCCACAAUCGCUCGUCUGCGCGGCGCGCAGGAGACGUACAGUCUAGGGUACUGUACCAUCUGCGAUAAGCUCACUGCAAAAUUCGCCGUGGUAGGUGGAGAGAGGACCGGCAGCGAAGGUGCCGAUGUUUGGAGGAGAAGGAGGAAGCGCGGUCGUGAGCAAAGUGAGAGAGAAAGACACGAUCAAAAUGCAGAAGCAGAGGGCGAAGAGGAGCACCUCCCACCGGUUCCCGCCCUCAAGAGCGAGGUAGAGCUGCUCUGUCCUGCCUGUCUCGCUGCCCUCACAGGCCACGUUCUACCGCUUCCUCAACCAAGAGGCAAAGGCAAAGACAACGCUGCUUUACCUGUCGAGGAGGCAGACGAGCCUACGGGUGAUGGUCCGCAGGCCAAGCGCAAGUACACACGCAGAGCCAAAGACGUCGCGACGACUGAGGAGCAUGAUGCGCAGGACGCAGAGGGUCUCAUUUCUUCAUCUGAGCAGACGACAGCUGCCCUGGGGCUCACGGCGGGUCACGGUGAGGAGCAAGAAGAGCAGCGCGGUCUCCCCUCGGCGAUCACCGCAGAGAACCUCCGACGCAACGCCCAGAUGGUCAGUGACGACUUCAACAUUGGUUGGCACGAGGCGGUGCACAGGCUGCGCGGGGGAGCAAAAGGUUGGACAAUUGUCCCGCUGCUGGACUAAGAGGGCGAUGAGGGUCAUGGUCGGGUGCGAUUAUCGGACAAGGGCAAAGUCAGGAAGAAGCGGCGAGAGAAGGAAGCAAGAUCAGGCAAAGAUAGGGGUCG